AUGCUGGAGACUGAGACAAGGGAAAAACAUAUUUUUUGUUUGAUUAAAAGUGGAAAUGAAUUUGAUUCAACUCUCUCUCUCCCUACAGCACUGUACUCUCUCCUCCUGUUCUGUGUCUUCCUGUGGAUCCCCUUUGUCUACUUCUAUUAUGAGGAGAAGGAUGAUGACAACAUCAACAAGUGUUCACAAGUGAAAAAUGCUCUGAAAUACACAAUUGGAUUCAUCAUCGUCUGUGCAGCACUGCUAUUAAUUGGGGCCUUUACAUUUGAAGCCCCACCUAAUCAGAAUGGUACCCAGUGGGAAAAGAUGCAGUAUCUGUUUGAGGAGCUGGGGAACAACCAUGGUGUACCAGCCCUGUCUUUCUCCAUCAGCUCCUUGACCUUGAUUGGCAUGUUGGCAGUGAUCACUUACACGGCGUAUGGUAUGUCAGUGCUGCCGUUGAACCUGAUCAAAGGGACACACAGUGUGCUGUACGAGCGUCUGGAGAACACUGAAGAUAUUGAAGAGGUUGAACACCAGAUGGAAAAGAUCAAAGCCAAGUGUGAGGACGGGCGUCCUCUGUCACUGUUUAACCUCCAGGAGUUUGAGGACAAGCUACAGGUGCUCCAGAGGAGGGGCAGGCACCUGGAGAUAGCAGAGAGUCACUGCUGCACCAAGGUUGGGUCUGCCCUCAGACCACUCAAGAUUCUGCUGGGAAUUUUCUUCAUCCUGUUCGCUCUGCUGUUUGUUGUGGCUCUGUUCAUUUCAAAUUUGGACAAAGCUCUUCACUCUGCUGGCAUCAGUUCUGGCUUCAUGGUGUUUGGCACCAACCUGACCAACCCUCUGAAUGAACUCCUGCUGAUUCUACAGCCUGUGUUCCCGUUGGAUUAUGUCCUGAUCACUGUCAUCACCAUGUACUUUGUGUUCACCUCCAUGGCCGGCAUCAGGAACUUGGGCAUCUGGUUCUUCUGGAUACGACUGUACAAGAUCAGACCCAAGAGAACCCGUCCCCAGGCCCUCCUCUUCCUCUGCAUGAUUCUACUGCUGAUUGUCCUUCACACCAGCUUCAUGAUCUACAGCCUGGCCCCGCAGUACGUCAUGUACGGGAGCCAGAACUAUCUGCUGCAGAGCCCGAUGCCACCAGGGAAUAAUACCACUUGGACUACCAAGACCUGCGAUGCCGAUGCACCUCAAGGUAAGACUGCCAGCUACACACACACACACGAGGACUAUCUCUCGCAGUACAGCGAGAUGCUCUAUUCUUUCCAUACGUAGAGACCUACCAGUCCAUCAGAGGAAAGAAGACUCGGGAUAAAGAAGGAAGCGUGUAAUAUAUAUAAUGAACACAUUAGAAUAUAUGAUCAAUGUUUAAUAUCUCACAAAAGGUGUACAUCCCAAAUGGCACCCUAUUCCCUAUUUAGUGCACUACUUUCUACCAUGGGCCUUGGUCAAAAGUAUUGCACUAAAUAAGGACUAAGAGAUGGUGGUGUAGAGGCGAGUUAUCCUCAUGUCCAACAGUGGUGCACAAGACCUUCUUUGGUAUCAUUCAUUAUUCAACCAGGAUGAAUUAAUGUCAAGUACAAGCAUUUACUGAUGGAUUACAUGGCCUCCUAGCCUCCUCAACAGUUACUACGGUGAAGUCAGCCAUGCAGACACAAACGGGAAUAUGCAUCAUUCCUAUUCCAGCGAGCUGGAUCACAUGCAUUUAUUCAUCCUGCCUAAUGCUCGAGGCAGAGCGGGCCUGUCUUAGAUAGUGUAUGUUUCCCAAAUGGCACCCUAUUCCUUAUGAAGUGCACUACAUUAGACAGAGAGCCUUAUCAAAAGUAGUGCACUAUAUAGGGCAGGGGUAUUCAACUC